GAAAUCAUUCAAUGGAUCGUGAACUUCUGUAACAGUUUUGGAUAUUUCUAUUGUCUGGUAAACUUUCCCUUUUCUUUUAAUUUUUCAACCGAAAUCUAGUGAAAAAUGUGUAUUCCGUCCGUCCCUAGUGUAUAAGCGUGGACAAGGAGAUUUCAGUGUUAUUAAAAGAUUUAAUGCAGGAUUAUCAAAAAGUCAGGAGUGGCAAUUUUAACCUAUAUGAAAGCAAUAAACACGUUUUUGUCAACAUAGCAAGUGGGAUUUAGAGGUAUUAUGGCCUAAAAUUAAUUUUGAAAAUAACUUGCCUGCUAAAUAUAGGAGAAGAAGAAGUUAUUUGUUUCUUGGUCGUAAAAAGUGUUAAGAAGAAUUGGAGAGUUAUUCAUGUAACUGGAAUGCUUUGGACAUUUAGGCAACAAAUUAGAGAUUUGUAGAAAAUUUGAUAAUAUUAAUAUCAGCGUUAAUCGAGCCAAAGACAGAGAUGGGAAUGGAGAAGAUAAAAUGGAAUUUUCAAAGCCUGGAUCAGCUUCACUACGCAGUGAAUUCUACCUUACGAUACGCCAUGCAGAACGAGAGAUGUAAACGAUGGUCUAAGGUGAUAGAGACUUAUAACCUGGUUCUUUGGAUGAUCGACUUGAAGAAUCUCCCGGAUGAUUACGAGCCACCAGCCCUAUACAACAUGCUGAUGUAUGAGACAUAUUAUCACAUUGGAGUCGCCUAUCAACACAUAGGCGAUCAUAAAAGAGCAUCAGAAGCUUACACAAACGCCAUCAACACAGUGUCUAUUCUUAAGAAUGGUUGUUUGGCUGGAUGUGUCACCAAUUCCUGUCUGAUGACGCCAUUAUACGCAAGAAGAGCUUUUGCAUAUGUUCGAAUAGGUGAUAUGAAAAGUGCAAUGAAAGACGCCGAGAAGGCGGUGGUGCUGGACAGUAAAAAUCCAGAUGUAUACUGUAUCCGAGCUUUAACAAAGAGUUCAGAUGACAACGAAGGAGCGGCUUUAAAGGAUGUUGAGCUUGCACUAAAGCUAAAACCAGGCCACCUUUGUUCUUUGAUGUUGCGAUCAGCACUUACAAAGCCAUUGGUUUCACAAUUUUCAAGUUUACUUGCCGUGGUCCAGAAGGUGGACGCAAUGAAAUCCGAAAAUGACAGCUGUGCCACAGUUUCAAAUUUCAGACAUCCAUGCAUUAUGGAAUUUUAUGACAAAUAUCUGUUUACACUGUGUGUACCACACACUGUUGUUCAAAUUGACCUUACGCCAAACAAACCCAGCAAGAAACAAUUAGCAGAGUCACAAAAAGAACCAGCACAAAGCACACUAAAACAGAGGCCAGUUUCUGCACCAGACAGAAUAUCUGUUGAGCCCUUUAAGUGUGGGACGCCAUGUAAAGAAUUUGACAAAAUGGCAACAAGGAGACGAAAAGACUACGGAGAGGCAAUCCGGAAACAUAUAAGUCGACCGAAAACAGCGAAUGCAUUCUUUGAACAAUUAGAACGUGAGCGGAAGAAACAGGCCGACAUUACAGAAAUGGAGAGACGGCGAGUUGUUUCAGCAGGCGUCAAGCGUCUAAAUGAGACUGCAUUAGUUUCCGGAACUGCGCAUGCUGAGUCACACGCAAAGCUAAACAAGCGGUACCAUUCAGCACCACUAACGCGCCUGACAGGGGCAAAAUUAAAUACAACAUCAACAACAAUACAAGAUCUAGAAAGUUCCAAGCCACCAAAGCCACAGAAACCACAUUAUGAUAAAGAAAACAAAGAAAAUAUAUCGAGGUCAUCCACCAAAAAUAGUGCGAAGGAAUCCGAAUUACGCAGAAAUAAAUCAGUUACAAUUACAGAAAAUUCACCAAAUGUAAAGAAAAUAUCUUCCUCCAAAAAAUUUACAUUUCCUACUCCAGUUAAUUAUUCAACACCUGUAUUUCAACCGGUGAAUAUACGGGAUGCCCCGAGGAUGUAUUACAAACCUUGGAAAGGAGAUAUGUUACCUGUUGCAGAAGUAAAUCGACAUAUCCUUGCACCAUGUUGGAAGUAAUACACAAGUACCAUGUGUGACACGGUUUAAUUUGAUAAUAUCUUACUAUUGCUAUGAAA